UUGAACAUUUGAAGAAGAAUGAAAAAUUAGAAAACAUUAAUUUUGACUACAAAAAUAUCUCUUUUCUUCAAGUUCUUUUUAUUCGUCGUAUGAUGCUAAGUCAAUUAAGACAAAAGAAGAGACGAGAAGCAGUUCGUCGUUUGUCUCAAAAUGCAUCACGUCGCCAUACGAGUGAAGAAAGGACAUUAAUAAAUAAGCCUGUAAGAAUGGGUACGACCAGCAAAGAGAUUGUUUUUGGGAAAAGACCCUUUGAUGAUUCUGCGAAUCCACCCAAGAAAGAGAGGUUAUUUGGACAAACUAGUACAAUGCCAAAGGAUGCACAAAGAAGAUUUCAGGCAAAUACACAGCAUGGUCCAGUGGGAUCUGUUGGCUUCAGUGAUACCAGCGGUUUGCAAGCAACAAGAAAUCCAGCCUUGUUUAGUUUUGCUCCCAUUUCUGGUGGAGGUAACUCUGAAGAAGCAAAUGCUGGCUCCCAGACUUCAACAAUGUUUUCAUUUGCUCCAGAUAAACAUAAAAACCUGUUUCAAGCAGCCACCACAAGUACAGAAAACAACCAGAGAGUUGCAAUUACAACAACAUCACCUUUAUUCUCAACCUUAGGCUUUGGUAAUAAGCCGCAGACUACAUUACCUUUUAGUACCCCUCCAAUAAAUACCUCUACAACAGGUUUUUCGUAUUCUUCAUUACCAUCAACAAAGUCUUUAAAGUCUACCUCUUCGAUAGGCUUUCCUGUAACACCCAUAUCAACAUCAUCCCAACAAACAAGUGUUGUCUUUGAGUCUAAAUUUGGCAGUUCAGGCUUCAAUUUUGCCAAAGCUAAUGAAACAGCAACACUUCCGAUGAAACCAGCCCAAAAAUUUUCUGUGACAACAAAUGUGUUUGGAAAAGCUCCUGGACAAGUUGAAAGUACUUUGAGUGAAAAUAUCACUUUUCCACCUAAAAGAAGUGGAAAAUCACCAGAUGAAAAGACAGGUAGUGAUAUUUCAGGAUUGAAAGCUCUGGUCAUCAGAGAAAUACCAGAAAUAUUUAACAAGAAUGCUUGGUUGAAGAGAUUUUAUUCUAGAUUUGGUGAGGUCAUGAAAGUGUUAUGUAAUCCUCAAAAAAAGAGUGCGACUGUGACAUUCAAAACACAUGAAGCUGCAAAGCUUGCCAAACUAAAGGGAAAGAUCCUCAGAAAAGAUCUGAAUCCUGUGAGUAUUUUCUGGAAGCAAGAAAGAAAAAGAACUACAAGUAGCUCACAAGAUUUAUCAGAGUUACCAGUGAAGACAAAUGUCCAGGAAAGAGAAAAAGUAUUCAAAGGAGGAGCCAUGGAACACCAUGCACUUGAUCCCCAUUCUCUUCCAACAGCAAUGUCAACAGGGGAGAGAUUCAAAGUACUGGAAAUGAUUGAUGCAAAGUUGAGAGAAGGAGUAACCAAAGCAUCUGACAUCACAACGGCAAAGGCUGUCCAGGGAACCUGCCCGGAUAUGUGUCCAGAAAAGGAAAGGUACAUGAGAGAAGAUCGUCGCAGGCUUCAUGUUUAUGAAACUAUACCUGGUACUGGCUCAAGCCUGGAGGAUAACCCACAGGUGGACCAUGCCAAGGCUAUCAAAGAAUAUGACAGAUCUGCUGCUGAUAAGGAAGAGCCAUUACCACAUGAGUUGCGACCAAUACCCACACUCAAAAUGACCAUGGACUACCUGGUCACUAAUAUCAUGGACAUCGGCAAGGAGGGUCAAUGGGGUGAUUGGUUUGAUUUUCUCUGGAAUAGAACUAGAGCUAUAAGAAAGGACAUCACACAGCAGCAUCUUUGUGAUGUAGGAUCCGUGGAUUUAAUUGAAAAGACUGCAAGGUUCCAUAUAUUCUGUGCACACUAUCUAUGUGAUCAGGACUUGGGUGUUUUUGAUCCUCGCAUCAACACCGAGAACUUGACCAAAUGCCUUCAAACUUUGAAGCAGUUCUACAAUGAUCUCUACAAGAACGAGGGAAUUAUCUGUCCCAAUGAAGCAGAGUUUCGUUGUUACGAUAUUCUACUGAAUCUAAAUGAAGAAGACACCCUCAGGGAGGUAAUGACUUACCGGAAAGAAGUGCGCUCGUCAUCCAUGGUCAAGUUUGCUAUGGAUGUUUUUCAUGCUCUCAACAGUAACAACUUCGUCAGGUUCUUCAGACUUGUGAGGGCUUCCAGUUAUCUCUGCGCUUCUGUUCUGCAUCGGUAUUUCAAUCAGGCUCGUCAACGAGCACUUCGUAUCAUGAAUUAUUCUCUGAGUGUUCCUAAUAAAGAGAUGUCCUUCCCACUGAAUGAACUGACUAAUCUUCUGGCGUUUGAGGGGGAUAACCAGGCCUCUGACUUCUGCAGUUUUCAUGGUCUGAUAGUGAACGAAUCAUUCGUGAUGUUCACCCGAGGGUCUUUUAUUGAGCCAGAGUCUUCUUUCCCUUCAAGCAGAGCUCACAAACUGAUUGAAUCCAAGAGGUCCUGUUUGAUUGGAGAGGUUGUUUACAAUGGACCUCUUCCUCCUCCACCAAGCCAUUAUCCCACAUCAAGCUUUGACGAGAAUGGUCGAUAUGUGGGAGAAGUUCACGUUGUGUCUGCAGAGAUGGAGAAGAAAGAGAAUAUUAUAGAGCAACAACAACCUGUGGUCCAGUUUAAGGGAUUUACAGAAACGCAAGAACCUAGAGGAUUUUCACAGUUUAGACAAGUGACUCAGCCUGUUGAGCCUCCAAAACCAGCCGUCCAGAUAAAUGUCGAGGAACUAAAGGAAGUAACGAGAAGCUUGUUUCUGGAAGUGAUCAAUGAAAUACUGGUGGAUGUAACAGGGGAAGUCUAUAGGAAGGUGCAGGACCUUUUGAAAAAAGCAGAUCAACUGGCGACAGAGUUGGAAGAAGAAGUUGUCUUGGAGUUGAUGCAAGUGACAGCAGUGAGUGCCAUAGCAGAUGAACGAAGAAUCCAGCUAAUGAAAGCCGAGCAAGCAGCUAUAAGGGAAAGAUCAACAGCUGCCGUAUCAGAAGAAUUACUUGAUGAUGUAGUGGCACAGGAAUGUUUGCAAGUGGCUGCUUAUGAAUACAGUGUGGAACAGAAGAAGGUGAUUGCAAAAUGCAAAGAGGUUGCAACACAAGAAAUUUCUCAAGGUCUUCUGGAAGAGACGUUACAAAAUGAGGUGGAACGCAUUGCAGAAGACAGUUACAAAGAAGCGAAGGAAGGAAGAAAGACCGCACUCGCUCAGAUUGGACAGAGUAUUCGACUCUACAGGACUGCAAGAUACUUUCACAAGUGGGUGAAAUUAUAUCAGUCACGUGUACGACUCAAAAAGCUUCUUAAUGAGUUUCCUGCGCAUGCUCCAUUCACAAGUGCAGAAGAUCAGCUGACCAGUUUAGUCGGUCCUCUGAAUGACUCAAGGACAAAAGUACUACCAACAAUAAGAAUUUUUGGUGAUGAAUUUAAUGUUUCUGAAUGUCUAUCGAGAAGACAAGCUGAACUAGAACAAAUCAGGACUGAAACUCUUCGUCCAGUAGACAUGCCUCUACUACUCGCUAAUUCUUUCAGUACGGGCUCAUCAGUGGACUGGAAGCUUCUGUUAUCGUUCCCAGGCCCCUGUUUCCCUGUCAAUCGUUCAAACAUUCGCACCCGACAAAUCCAUGUAAAUCCAUCGUUGAUAAAAGAGAAGUUUAGGAAAGGAUCUCUUCCUGACAACGACAGGGUUGCUUCAAAGGUUGAGCUGUUAUCGUUGUACAGUUCAGAGACUCAGAACCGAUGGUCUGUCAAAACACGAUGUCGAGUUUGUACUUUGGCAUAUUUUGGUGUUCCAUCAAACACUGAUGUAACAGAACUGAUCGAUAGACGACAGCUCCAAGGAACGUCUGCUAUAAUCAUCUUAGUCGAUUCCAAAGAUCUUCAAACGCGUUCAGGAAGACAGGAAGCUCGCACAAGAGUUCAAAGGCUUGUCAGAAGCAAACCUACUUUACCAGCUAUCCCAGCAGUCGUCUUGUACCUAGAAAGCGACGUCACACAUCUGACCAAUGAUCUCAUUGCUGAUGCUAUUGGGACCCAGGACCUUAAGAGAGAGGAACAUCUGUCUAGUGUCCAGACAGUUAGAGUCGAGUCAUCGAUGGAAGCACAAAUCUUGGAUAGAUUGUUGCAGGAGAUCGUUACCUGGCUUGGCCAACAAUCUCAUCCAGUCGAACUUGAGUCAGAUUCCUUGAAGAAUUUUCUAGAAGAAGGGCUUCAAAGAUAUUUUUCCACACCGUUAUACGAAGAUGUAGCAACAAGAAAAAAGGCUCAACUCAAUGAACAGUCUCCAAGGGCAAUCAUUGAUUUGUAUAACAGCGCCAUCGAGCACCUUGCAACAGUUGCGUCAUCAGGAAGUCUCGGUCAGGUGUCCUGGCCAAUCACAGAGUUCUGCAUUAAUGACAACAAAGUUUUUCCAAAUUUUGACUGGAAUUCAGACGCGAAUUUAUCUUCCUUGAGCAGUGUUAUCUUGUCAUUGUGUCUUCCACAGCCACCCCCUGGUGCAGGAGAAGGUACGUGGGAUUCAGGAAGUCAACUCUGUCACGAGUAUGUGAAAAGCUUGCCAUUCAAGUGUUGCUCCCUAGCACAGAGAGUGGGUUGGAUACUGGAACACAAGCAUCAUUCACUCCAAGCCAUUGAUUUUCUCUCCAGCCAACCGCAGCUCACUGCUGCCCAUGUGCCCUGGACCCAAGUCAUCGAAGCCUGUGUUUCGUCAGCAAUGACGUCAUUACAUUCUAACCCAGUACUUUCCGAGGUGGAAGUAUUUUAUCUGCAGAGCGAAUUUGAAGAAUAUGUUCAACCGAGAAUUUGGAGGGAAGCUGUGGCAUCGUCUAAGAAAGAGUAUUCUGCCCAAGUGGAGGGAAAACGAUUGAAGCUUAGUUUUCCUGUCAAGACUAGAAAUGAAGUGGCUCAUGAAUCAGUAGUUAUGGUUGACGAAGAACUGAAUAGAAUACUGAAUGAAAGCAAUUUGUCAUCGCAGAGAGCACCUGAGGACAGUUUAUCAUUUGACGAGUCCAUUUACGAACUGAAGAACGAACUUGGGUCGGCUUUACGCGAAGCAAGGCAACAAGUACACAGGUUCGAUCAAAUACUAGCUAAAGAAUGGAGUCCUGUAGACGACUCGUCCAAUAAGAAGCGGAAAGCAGAAGGUCAUCAUGAACACGAGAGUUUAAGCACAAAACAUCGUUCCAAUACUAUGGAUUUGGAAUCAGUUCGGGGUGAUCUAGAAACACUGAGAAAAAAAAUAAAAUCAGAGAG